GGUUGGGGGGCUGUCGGUGGGUUGCAGAGCCGAUUCCUGGGACGGUGCAUGCAUGUGCGCGCGCAAUGCAACGGGGCCAAAGAACAGAGCAGGAGGUGCUACAAGGAAGGAAAAUGGACGUACAGAAUGCCAAAGGGUUGGAAACUGGAAAGAGCUUGAUGGUAAGAGGGGGGGAAAUUCACACCGAUCCUGAUAGGAUGAUCAAAGAGUUUGUGCCUCAGCCAGUCCUGCAGCAUAUGAAGCAAGAACCAGAGGACCGGCCCCAGCCAUGCUGGGAAACUCAGUGGAAGGAGUAUCUGAAGACGGUGGCGUCUCCACUGGCAUCUCAGGGCCCGUCAGAAGAAGAUUCGAAGGAAUUCCAGGCUUCCUUUAAGGCAGGAGAUCCAGGCACAGGAGAGACGGUGGACCAAAACUUGCUAGACUUCACCGAGUGCCAAGAAGCUUCAAGGACCCUAAAUUCUUUCAUAAAAGUGAAGGAAGAAGUUGAGAAUGAUGGCACGGUCAUACAGUUCUGCUACCAGCAGGCUGAGGAGUCUCGAGAGCCGCAGUUGCCUUCUGAACGAUGCACCCCCAGUCCUUCUGAAUCGGAACCAGUGCUACUGAACAUAGUGAAAGUAGAGUUUCCCAUGAAGGCCGAGCAAGAAGAUGAUGAGGAAGCCAGCUUGGUUGAAAGGGAGAAUGAGGAGGUGCCCUUUCAGCUGGAAAAACCCAGACAUGUAGCACUCAGAUGUUCCAUGAACAGAGGUGAGGACAGACCUUUCCAGAAUGUAGGAGUGAAAGAGACGAGUGAAACCCAGAAGCGAUCAGAAAGUAGCUGUGAAAUGUAUGUUGAGGAGACAGCGAAAGAAGCCUUUAUUUGUGAAAGUGCUGACGAAAAGCUGCCGGAAGAGGCCUUCCAAACAAAAAUUCCUGGGCGGGACAAAGAAGUGAGAGUUACCAAAUGUAGCAAAAGCCUCCCUCAUAGCACUGACUUGUCUGGAUGUCCUGAAAUACAGGCAGAAGGAACGCAGUGCGAAGCUACAGAUGGCGGGAACAGCUUCCACCAGAAUGCGCUCCCGGUGGUACUGCCGGUCACCCACGCCGGAGUAAAGCCGUACAAGUGCCCAAUUUGUGGAGAAGGCUUUGUGGAGAGAAGAGACCUGACGAAACAUCGAGUCGUCCAUGCCGACGAGCGCCCGUACGAAUGCUCUCAGUGUGGGAAAUGCUUCAACAGUAACUCUCACCUCAGAGCCCACAUGAUGAUACAUACUGGGGAGAAGCCUUUCGAGUGCGAGUACUGCCCGAAACGUUUCAAUACGAGCUCCCACGUGAAAAGGCACGAGAGGGUGCACACUGGGGAAAGCCCUUUCUCCUGUUCCGAGUGUGGGAAAAGCUUCACUCAGAAAUCCUCUCUCGUGAAACACCAAAGAACCCACACGGGAGAGAAACCCUACGUCUGCCCCAAAUGCGGGAAAAGCUACCGGGAUAGCUCCUGCCUUUCGAGGCAUAUUAGGGCCCACACGGGAGAGAAACCGUUCAAGUGUUCCUGGUGCGAGAACCGGUUUGUUCAGAAAUCGGACUUGAUCCGACAUGAGGGGACACACACUGGGGAGAAGCCGUACGAAUGCUUGGUGUGUGGCAAAGCCUUCAGCCAGAAAGGGUCCCUCGUGAAACACGAGGGGAUGCAUACGGGCAAGAAUCUGUAUGAAUGCGACGACUGCGGGAAAAGCUUCAGUCGGAGGCAGUCCCUCUUCCGACACACGAGCGUCCAUGCGGGAGAGAAGCCGUACGAAUGCUCGGUGUGCGGAAAGGGCUUCAGCACUGGGGCCCACCUGGCCAUCCAUGAAAGGGUACAUACAGGCGAGAAACCAUACACAUGUUCCGAGUGCGGGAAAAGCUUCUGCCGUAAGCCGUCGCUCGUGACACACCAGAGAACCCACACAUGAAAGAAGGCUGUUCAGUAUAAACAGCAAAGCUUCUGUCGAACUGUAGCAUUUAUAAAAGUAGAUACUGUAUAGGUAAAGGUUCCCCUUGACAUUUAGUCCAGUCAUGUCUGACUCUAGGGGGUGGUGCU